UUAGCCAUUCGUAUUCACAAGUUCAUUGUAGCAACACGUAUCGUGUCUCUUCUCUUCUGGUGUGUGGUAUAAACGCCGUUGCAAUUUGGGUGUGUGUUAGUAGAUUCCAUCGCACAACGGUAGUGUCAAACGUGCGGUUCAAUCGCGAAAAGUUAACGAAUCGAAGCAAACACCGCACCAUUUGGUUAGGAAGUUGUCUACUGAGAACAAGCUUUGUUUCCGGUGCUCUUUGAAAUUGUCGCAGUUUUCUAGCGUUUUUUUGUUUUGUUAAGUUAUCAAUUAGAAUAAAUCAACAUGUUCUGGGGGUUGAUAUUGAAGGCCAACAAAAAGUACUCCCAGACGGUGCAGAAAGCGUUCCAUCUGUCUCAGGCGGCGCUUGAUUUGUCGAAGAGCAGCGACGAUGAUGUGCAGGUUAUGUUAACGUCGGAGGAUAACACCUAUCUGCUUUGUACGCUGGGCAAGAAGACACCACAGGUAGCGCUCGAUCUAAACUUCGAUGAGGGAGACCACAUCAGUUUGAGCACCAAGGGCGAAGGUAUCGUCCAUCUCACCGGUUACCUGGUGCCAUCCGAGGAGGAUAUUUUCGGUGGUGAGGAUGACGACGAGGAACUCGAGGAGGAGGAGGAAGUUGAAGCUGAAGUGCCACAGCAGAAAGCCAAGGGUGGAAAGCAGGAACGCGUGGCCAAAAAAGUCGCCCUCAAAGUGAACGCCAAGGAAGUUCAGCAACAACCGGAUGAUGAAGACGACGAAAUGGAUGAGACCUUCGAACUACCCAAAGGUGCUGCGAAGAAGAAAGCCGGCGAGGAUGACGAAGCCGAUAGUGACGAUGACUCCGACGAGGAUGAAGAUGAGGACGAUGAUGACGAGCUUGAUGAAAGCAAAAACGGCGCAGGAGAAGGAGAGAGCGACUCAGACGACGAUGAUGAGGAUGACGACGAGGAGGAAGAUGAUUCUGACGAUGACGACGAAGAUGAAGACGAUUCGGAAGAUGAACAGCCUAAAGCCAAGGUCCCGAAAAUGGACAAAAAGCAACAGCAGCAGGGUAAACAGAACGGUCUCGAAAAUGGCAAAGCUUCCUCCAAGGAGUUGAAGAAAGACGAGAAAGCAGCUGCUGCUGCCCAGAAAGGGGAGCCUAAAACAAAAACCUUGCAGGGAGGAUUAGUGGUAGAAGAAAUCAAAGUAGGCAGCGGAGCCGAAGCUAAGCCAGGCAAAAAGAUUGCAGUGUAUUACGAGGGGCGGCUCAAGAAGAACAACAAGGUAUUCGAUUCGACCGCAAAAGGUCCUGGCUUCAAGUUCGCCCUCGGUCGCGGUGAAGUCAUCAAGGGAUGGGAUCUUGGCGUUGCCGGAAUGAAGGUUGGUGGCAAGCGACGACUAACCGUGCCGCACCAGUUGGCAUACGGAACCCGAGGAAGCCCUCCAGUCAUUCCUCCGAACAGUACGCUGGUGUUCGACGUUGAGCUGAAAAACGUGUUCUAAAUAAGAGUAACGUUUUUGUUAUUUUAUACCUUACACACAUUUACACACACCAGCUGCUGCAUUACUUAUAUGCCACAAUACAGAAUGCCUUCUCGCCGCCAUCAGAAGACAGCCAUAGUUUAAAAAUGUGUCAGACACUCUGGCCCAAAAAAACGCUCUAAAUGGUUAAUUCAAUAUUGUUUUUAAUUGAAUUUGAUAUAUAAAUGAGUGAAAACAUCUCCAUAAACGUAAGCCUAGAAUAUGCAGGUGCGCGCUAUACAUUCUACGGAACAGAGGAAAAAUUAUUAAUGAAACAAGUUAUUGCUCCUUUUUGUUGUAAAAAAGUUGCAUUAAUAUUCGCUCGGAGUGUUUUUCUUAGGAAAGAGAAAAAAGGACGUGUGGUCAAAUAAAAGUUAUUCGGAAAGACA